UGAUUCAUGGAAAGUGUUAGCACUGUAAGUUACAUCCAGUGCGGACUCGCCGCGCAACUGGAAUCAUCGUAACCGAGGAAAGAAAACUAACGGAUCAGAAACAGCGGGCUCACUGGCAAUUUCUAAUACACCGGAUUCAACUAAUUUAUAUGGAGAAGUAUUUACCGAUUGAAAACACACCGGACGAACUCAAUUAGUGAAACAGUAAUAACAACUGUCAAAUCCUUCACCUUUAAAAAAAAAUCUAAUUCAGACAACCUCGGUCACCAAAUGGGCUGAGCCACACGCCAGCUACCCAAUCGCCUGGCGGCUAUUCCAAUGAGCUGAGUUAUAAAACUGUUUGAAAGCCGAAAGUGUAGUGUUUGGUUACCGAGAGCCUGCACGUACAGCUCAGAGGAGCACCAGCGUUAUGGCUGCAAUGUGGAGUGUUGUACUUGUUGCAAUGAUCGCACCGGUGUCGUCCGAACGCUACACAGCUGAAAUAAACAUGGGAAAGGUUCUGGGGACAGUAGAGUUUAACAAAACUUCUCAGAAGAUAACCAUAAAUCUGUCGACUGAUUGCGCCCAAGUUGAUAUUUCAAUACACGAAUUCCCGGUCAUGUACGGCAAUUCCAAGGAUCCCUGCAGCGAAGCGAACGUAGGUGAGAAAAUCUACGGGUUCAUAGCAAACAGUACGACCGAGACUCUGGCGGACAACAAGUUAUUUCAGAUGAAGUCCGACCUCUCCGAUCUGUCCCUAGUCAUCGCGGGCUGUCGGAAUGGAAGCAAAGCGUGCGCUACUCUAAAGAAAGACGUGUCCACUAAUACCUGGCAGGGGAAGUUUUUUUCUUCGGUAGCAGGGGAUGUGUACAUCCGUCAGAACGACGGGGAGAGCACGGCGAGGGUACUGGCUAACCUGAUGGUGAUCAAUGAUAGCAUUGGGCAGAUAAACGUGACUCUCUACCUGCAAGAUGGGGCUACCAGCUGUACCGCAGCGGCACAGAACAGUGGGCAAAGCAAUAGGUUCUUACUCGGCAUUUUCAAAGUUGGCACUCCUCUGAACCAUGUUAAAAGUCGCAUUGACGGAGUCAUUUUACCCGACGGCAGUCCCAAACCCUUAUUGUACAUGUACGAUGGGGCGGCGUGGUCUUGCGCUGAAGUUCAGAGGAUGGAAGCCAAGCAGGUGUGGGCUUACAUGGAUAUGAAAGGUGUGAAAGGAACUUUCAAAUUUCGCCAAGUUUCUCCCUUUGAUGCCACCAAUUACUCCGUCUCGCUGAUGAACCUGAGGUCCAUGGCCAGUGCUUACCACGUACACAAUUUCCCAUUGCCUCAGCGACGCACCACAUGGGAUAACCUGUGUGGUAACGAUAAUCUAGGAGGGCACUUGGAUCCUUUUGGGAAGAAGCCAUCCGGUUCUUAUCCCCAGAGUAUGAACGAAACUCAGGAUCAAUAUGAGAUAGGGGACUUGAGUGGAAGGCAUGGCUUUAUGAAAGGACUGGACACGUUUGAAGAGUAUUUUAAGGACUGGAAUCUCCCAUUGUUUGGGAACAAUAGCAUUAUUGGCCGUUCGGUAGUUGUCCAUUACCCCAACUCUACUAGGUGGGUGUGUAGUACAAUCGGAUAUCCUGGUGAAGUCCUUAGUGCUGAGGCCAUAUUUAAGGGCCCAGUGUCGGGAAGAAUCGUUUUUCGACAACUGAAGAGCAACCCCUAUUCAGACUUGUCCAUUUUUAUGGACCUUUCCUAUACAAACUCAUCCUCUAUGCCAAUAUCUGAUCACCUCUGGUACAUUCAUGAAUACCCCAUAAGCUCUGAGUUGGAUUCCGAUACAAACGCUUGCUUAAGCACCAAGGGACAUUUCAAUCCUUUCAAAGUAGAUGUUGGAAGCAACUAUAAUAUUGAGUGUAGUCCAGACAGCCCUUUCCGAUGUGAAGUUGGAGACUAUGCUAAGAAACAUAAAGCAAUACAACUGAUCAACAAUGUCAAAGCAGUUGACAGUAAGAAUUUCUUUACUGACACCACUUCAUCCCUUGCUGGGCCAUUGAACAUUGUUCCUCGAUCAUUGGUCAUUCUUGGGAAAAAUGUCUUAAUCCAACCUUUAGCUUGUGCUAAUGUAACCAUGCUUCGCCUAGCUUCUGUGGAAACUAAUUUGUGGAAAGGCAUUGGAAAAGUUAAUGGAAAGAUUGUUUUCAAACAAUCUUCAGAUUUAGACCGCACUGUUGUGGACGUUAUGUUAACAGAUCUGAAUAACAAGACUGAAACUUAUGGCAUCCACACACUUCCCAUCAAAACUGACUCUCCCAAUGCAGAUUCUUGUUCUGUUACUAGCGUUGAAGGCCGCUACAACCCAUUCAAUGUGAAUGGAUCUUUGUCACCCGAACCAGGCAAUGGUACAGUUGAUCAGUAUGAAGUUGGUGAUAUCAGUGGGAAAUUUGGGACACUAAAUGGUUUAAACCAAACUGAAAUAUAUAUGGACAUGAACAUGCCCUUGUUUGGACCUCACAGUAUUGUAAGACGUUCGCUGGUUGUUUAUCAAGACAAUGGAUCACCUUUGCGAUGUGCAAAUCUGUUAUCUGUGAAGGCUGCAGAAGGAGAGUUUAUUCAAGCCAACGUUUCCUUCAAUGGUGUGGUGACUGGAAACAUUACGCUGUGGCAACAGGUCUUCCCAGAUGGGAGUUCAAGUGACACAACUAUGACUAUAGACCUUAAACCAACUGACCCAAAUGCAGGUGAUAUGGAUCAUCUAAUGUGGCACGUUCAUACUAAUCCGCUACAAUCUCCCGAAAACUGCAGUGGAUUAGGAGGACACUAUAAUCCUUACAACAUUGACACCAAGGAUGGCUAUAAGACCAGCUGCUCAUUAAGUUAUCCCUUGCACUGUGAGGUGGGAGAUUUAAAUUCCAAACAAGGUCCAAUAAGUCUUGGGAAGAGAUAUUUGAAGACAGAUGUCAGUCUGCCUUUAACUGGAGAUUUUACUGUUGUGGGCAGAUCAGUGGUAAUUCACAAUAACGAUCACAGUAAAAGCUUGAAGGACUGUGCUGACAUUGUCGCUGUUUCUUCAAUGAAGUCAUUAACUUUUCCAAAUGUAAACCCAUUCAGCAGAUAUGAAUUCCGCAGUACUGUUGCUGAGGCUCUUGGAAUUUUGCCCUGGAGAGUAACAAUUUUCCCAGGGGGCCCAUCUGCAGCCACUGUAACAGGAUGCCAGCAAAUCACUUUCUACGUGGCAGGAAAUGUUGAUACAACCAAAAUGGACAAUUUAGAGAAAAAUGAUAAAAUGGGUAAAUUCAAGGCCUCCAAAUCAUGCACAGCAGAUUCGAGUGGGACAAAUCCCGGCCUAUUCCUGAAUGCCAAACAGUUUGUAUUCUGGAUACUGACUCUGAUGUUGCAGCUUGCCCUCUACUCUGUAUUUGAAUAGUUGCAAUGGAAAUUGUGAGAGCCAUUUGCUUCAGAACCUCCAACUGGUCUAAAACAAAAUUGAGUAACGCAUUUAAACAAAUCCAGGGGUUUACUUUCAUCGACAUCUUUAGCUGGCACCACAUGGUCCGUUCUUAGAUUUGCACUUUAUUUUUCUAUGAAUCAUUGUGUAUUGCCUUAAAAUUAGGAUCUUUCAAAUGACAGCAUGUGAAUACUGCACGUCCUGCUAUUUAAAAGAAGUUGGACGAUGGCUCCAUUGAAACAAUAAAUAAGUAUCAAUGGGGAAAAUUUUGUCCUGGCUCACAUAUGCUUAACACAACAGAAUUGCAAAGGAGAGUUGGACUCCACUUCUAUUCCAUUGAUUGAAGUGAAACCAAACUAUUAUAGUGAAGCACAAAGUGUAGUUGUUUCUCUAGUUUAGCCCAUGUGACCAAGGUGAAAUUUCUAUCCCAUGUCACCAUUAUAAGGAUAUGUACACUAAUAUUCAAGAGCAUAAUCUUAAGGCAUCAGUGGUCAAAGGUGUCAAAAAUAAUGAACUCAAAGGAAUUAUUUUGGUAAAUAUUCUGCAAAACAACAUGUAAAACACAUUCUUGAAUAAAAUUCAAGACUAUAUUCAAAUUGUACAUUAUA